AUGACCGCUAAACAGCAUGAAAGUGAGAUACAGACUUUGAAAGCGCAGCAUUCAAUUGAAAUGGAGCAACUUAGAGCGAUGCAAGUUAGACUCAAGUCAGAAAGCGAUAGACUUGAAACGAAUUUACGUACCACUAAUAUGCAAUUGGAUCAGCAAAUUCAAGAGAACUCAAGUUUACGUGCUACUAUUUCAACUCAAUCCUCCAACUGCUUGGCGCUUGAGAGUGAUAACCGUGCUCUCAAGAUGAAAAUCGAGCGGACAGAAACUACUCUUGCUCAACGGGAAUCUACCAUCGAAAAGCUUGAGCGAGAAUUAUCGGAGUCGCAAACGAUUGUUCGGGAGUUGGAACAGCGUAUCCGACAGGAAGAGACGAUCCGACGUCGCCUUCACAACACUAUCCUUGAACUUAAAGGAAAUAUUCGCGUUUUUUGCAGGGUGCGUCCAGUAUCGCCAUCGGAUAAUGCACGUAAAGCUGACACUUCUACUGCACAAAUCAAAUAUCCUGACCAGGAAGGUCGAGAGAUUGAGUUUGCACAUUCAACCGGGUCAGCGACUGGGUCGCAAAUUGAGAAAGCCUAUCCCUUCACGUUCGACAGGGUCUUUAAACCAUCUUCAACACAAGAUGAUGUGUUUGAAGAAAUAUCACAACUCGUGCAGUCUGCAUUAGAUGGUUACCAUGUUUGCAUCUUCGCCUAUGGUCAAACAGGAAGCGGGAAGACCCACACGAUGGAAGGACCACUGAAUGCUGAUGCAAAGUCGAUGGGUAUGAUUCCUCGAUCGGUGUUACAAAUUUAUGAGCAUGCCAAAGCACUUGAGUCCAAAGGAUGGGUAUAUACAAUGGAGGGCCAAUAUAUCGAGAUUUACAACGAGACCAUUAAUGACCUAUUGGCAAAUGAAGGAACAGACUCUGGCAAGAAGCACGAAAUCCGUCAUGGACCUAAUGGAAUAACUACUAUUACAGAUGUCACAACCGUUAUGCUGACUUCACCAGCAAAGGUUGCUGCACUGCUCAAGAAAGCUGCUCACAACCGGUCUGUAGGAUCGACACAGAUGAACGAACGUUCCUCCCGUAGCCACUGUGUGUUUACGCUUAGACUAUCAGGAAAAAAUACAAUCACGGAAGAAGCGAGUAUGGGGGUUCUCAAUUUGAUCGAUCUAGCAGGAUCAGAGCGCCUAUCACAAUCAGGGGCUACUGGAGAACGUCUUAAAGAAACCCAGGCAAUUAAUAAGAGCUUAAGUUGUCUAGGGGAUGUCAUCUACGCCAUCUCCAACAAAGAUCCACAUAUACCAUAUCGCAACUCAAAGCUUACAUAUCUACUACAAAACUCGCUUGGAGGAAAUAGUAAGACACUAAUGUUUGUUAAUGUGUCGCCAUUAAUGAGUAAUUUCAAUGAGACCUUGUGCUCAUUACGAUUUGCCACCAAAGUCAACUCAUGCACAAUUGGCACAGCCACGAAACGUCAGGUGAAAGCAUGA